CACAUAAAUUACGCACUGUCUGUAGAAAGAGUCAAAACAGGAAGUACUACUUACGUAACUUUGGCGCCAGAAGCUAUCGUCUUUGCUUCAAUCUCCGCCGAUUCUAUAAUCCAUUUCGCCAUUUUUGCGCUUUGCAAAUUAUCCAGGUUUUGGUACGUGAAAGUAUGGAGUCGUAUAACUUAAGAUCAGUUUUGGAGUUGCCAAUUCCUUUUCAAUCAACGUUCAAUUUCAGAUAUUUCAAUUCUCUGCAAAGUGAAUGCUUUCCUUGCUGUUUCUUCUCCGAUGUAAAUAUGGUCAUUUCUGCACCAACUGGAAGUGGCAAAACAGUGUUGUUCGAGCUGUGCAUUUUAAGGCUUCUGUCAAGGUCCCUUUCUGCAGACGGAAGAUUCAUCCAUGCAAAAGGCACUUUGAAAACGAUCUAUGUAGCACCUUCUAAGGCUUUAGUGCAAGAGAAGCUUAGGGAUUGGAACCAAAAGCUAAAUGCUUGGGGCAUAAAUUGCCUUGAGAUGACUGGGGACAACGAUUCUUACAAUAAUAAGAACAUUCAAGAAGCAGAUCUAAUUCUGACUACUCCGGAGAAGUUUGAUGCUGUGACUCGCUAUAAAAUAAAAGAUGGUGGCUUGAGCUUUUUCAGUGAUAUAGGGCUUCUACUCAUUGAUGAAGUUCAUCUAUUGAAUGAUCCACGUGGCGCUGCUUUGGAAGCAAUAGUGAGCAGGUUUAAAAUGCUAUCUUGUAGACCUGAAAUGAAAUCAAGCCCUCUGGCCCAUGUACGGUUCAUAGCUGUUUCGGCAACAAUCCCAAAUCUGGAGGAUCUGGCUGAGUGGCUAGUGGUUCCUCCUCAAGGAAUGAAAAGAUUUGGUGAAGAAAUGAGACCUGUAAAGCUGACCACCAAAGUUCUAGGAUAUGCAGCAGCCAAGAAUGAUUUUCUAUUUGAAAAGCGACUUCAGAACUACAUCUUUGAUAUUUUGAUGCAAUAUUCUAGAGGCAAAGCUGCUUUAGUUUUCUGUUCAACUAGAAAGGGAGCACAAGAGGCAGCACAGAAGAUCUCCCAGACCGCCAUGACCUUUGGCUAUUCAAAUCCAUUCAUCAAGACAACUGAGCAGCAAGAAAGAUUAAGAGAUGCCUCAAUGUCUUGCACUGAUAAACAAUUGCAAUCAUUUAUUCUCUAUGGUGUUGGUUAUCACAAUGGUGGACUUUGCAUGAAGGAUAGAAACGUUGUCGAGAAUCUUUUUCUUAACGGUGACAUUCAAGUUCUAUGCACAACAAACACACUAGCUCAUGGAAUCAAUCUACCGGCACAUACAGUGGUGAUCAAGUCCACACAACACUACAACAAGGAAAAAGGCACCUACAUGGAGUAUGACAGAUCCACAGUUCUACAGAUGUGUGGUAGGGCUGGCCGUCCAUCUUUUGAUGAUACAGGACUGGUUAUCAUCAUGACAAGAAGGGAAACAGUACAUUUAUAUGAAAAUCUUUUGAAUGGAUGUGAAGUCGUAGAAUCACAACUACUUUCUUGCAUUACGGAGCAUCUGACUGCAGAAAUAGUACAACUGACUGUUCCUGACAUUACACGGGCUAUUGAAUGGAUGAAGUGUUCAUACUUGUAUGUUAGAAUGAAAAAGAACCCAGAGAAUUAUGCUGUCCAGAAGGGGUUCUCUGUUGACCGAAUUGAGAGGCAUAUGCAAGAUAUUUGUGUCAAGAAAGUAAAUGAAUUGUCAAGGCACCAGAUAAUCUGGACUGAUGAAGACGGUUUCCUCUUGAAGCCCCUUGAACCUGGAAGAUUGAUGACAAAGUACUAUUUGAAAUUCGACACAAUGAAAUACAUCAUGCAGUCCCAAACAAACUGCAGACUAGAAGAUGCACUUCAUAUUGUUUGCCGAGCGGAGGAGUUGGCUUGGAUACAAUUGAGACGCAAUGAGAAAAAGCUUCUGAAUGAUAUCCAUGCUGAUAAAGAUGGUCGGCUUCGUUUUCAUAUCCUUGGAGACAAGGGAAAAAAGAAAAAGCGUAUUCAGACAAGAGAAGAGAAGAUAUUUGUUUUAGUUAAUGAUUACUUGACUGGUGAUCCUCUGGUCCAUGAUCUAUCCUUGAGUCAGGAUGCAAAUUCAAUAUGCUUAAGUGGAUGUAGAAUUGCCAAGUGCAUGAAGGAGUACUUUUUUUUCAAAAAGAACUACAAGGGAGCAUUGAACUCAGUUGCUCUUGCAAAAUCUAUGCACCAUAAGCUGUGGGAUGACAGUCUUUACUUGUUGAAGCAAUUACCUGGCAUUGGAAUGGUGACGGCUAAGGCAUUACAUUCUAUGGGAAUAACUUCAUUCGAGACCCUUGCUGAUGCUGAUCCAAGGAGAAUAGAAAUUGUUGCCAGUCGGAAAUUCCCAUUCGGAGACCAUAUUAAGGAAUCUCUAAUGGCAUUACCUCCAAAAGUUGAGAUGAAAAUCGAGGCAAGUAAAGGCCAAAGGCAAGGGAAACCCAAACUGGCGCUAACAUUGACUAGGCUAACAGAGGGUAGAUUCAGUAAACUACAUUAUGCGGACAUGGUUGUUGGUCUGGAAGAACAAAAUUUGAUUAUCUACCAUGAGAAAAUCAGGGUAAACGACUUUCUCAGCCCAUACCACAAGACAGUGGUUUUGCCAAAUCAUCAAGGAAAGUUGACUGUCAAGGCCGAUCUGAUUUUUGAAGAAUUUAUUGGUAUUGAUAUACACCAUAAGCUUGAACUGGUGGAAGAAACCAAAUCAGACGUGACUGUCAAACGGGGAACCAAUAAAUCUUCCUCUUUACCUCCUGCAGGAGUUGCUCCAGUCAAAGGAGCUACAGGAAGUACCAAACUAACGAAGGCGAAAUCUAUCUUAAACAAAGCCAAUAAAAAAACUGAUGACAUGCCCUCUUUUGAUCUCUUUGAUGCUGAAGAGCUAGAAGGAUUUAUCGAUGAUACUACUGAGGAUGACUGCAUGAUCAUAUCUGGGAAUACAAUCUUUGACCACAUUCGUAAAAAGGCCAAGGAUUUCCCUGUUAUACCCAAGUCCGGUUCCAUUCGCUUUCCCACAUCAGAGGCCUCAAACUUCUCUACAGAGCAAAAUCGUGUAGAACAGCAUGCUUCUCCUGGCAUAUUCGAAAUGUCUGCAAAAGUUGAGCGAAGUACUGAUAAACAAGAAACGAUUAUUUCAGAAAUACAACCAUUGCACGAUUUUAACAUUGGAGAUGCUAUGAUAAAUAAUCCAGAGACCAGUAAUGAUUUGAAUUGUACAGGCAUAUCUCAUCCUCAAAUUGAAGUGACCGGAAAGAAAGGUCGAAGAUUUGAGACAAUACUCAAUCAUGUAAGAAAAAGGUCUAAAAAUUCACCAGUUAUCAACAAACAAUACACGGAAGGAUUUUCCCCUGGGGUGCAAUGUCACUUUCCUGACAAGGACGAAGCUCCAAGUCAUAAGAAUGUUGUCAAACAAAAAGAAAAUUACUCAGACAAAUCCGUGAUCAAUUUAAGUCCAGAAAGAAUAGAGAUUGAGUUCAAUUCGUGUGCAAAAACUCGCAAGGAUAUGAGCUGUGUUUCUGCAACAUCAAACAGAUCUUUGGAUCUUCCGUUUGAAGCCUUUAGCGAUCAACACAACAAAACAUUUCCUGUUAAGUCAUCUCUCAAAUUUUCAUCCUCAUGUAAAGUGAUCCAGUUCGAGCCUCCAGGACACUCUAAAGAGCCUGAAAGCAGUAAUUUUCAGAAUCAUCUGAAGGAAGCAAAUAGAGGAAGCUGUUCACUUGAAACCGCAGGCAAAAAGAAGAAUGUCAAUUCGUUUCUCGGAUUCAAGAGCAUCUUCUCAUUCCUCUGA